CCCUGCUUGCCUUUCCGCAAGGAAAGGAAAAAAAAAGACGAAAGUUUUUUUAUGUUUUUAAUGCAAAUUAUAUUAUUACAUUAAUAAUUACUUGUUAUCUACACAACGUUUAUAAAAUACGUUUACGAAAUGCUUUCUAACGUGGCGGCGAGAGCUCGUAAUAUUAUUAAAUUCAAGCGUGUGAGGUUAUAUUCUGCGGUAUCGUUUCCAGAUAUUGAUGUAGAUUAUUACUGUAAUGAACAGAAUUCGGAAGAAAUUAAACAAAACAUAGCCAGACGUAAAGGUAUUGGUGACUUGCAAAAGGUCUUAGAAAUGUAUAAUAUUUAUAAACAAACUUCGGUGACGGAUUCAAAAUACGACAUUAUGAAAAGGAGAUUCUAUAAAGAACUUAGCAGUUUACCUAAUAAAACACACCCUUCUGUGAGAGAUUAUGAGGAGGAACCACGGUUAGUACAUGAAUUAAACGACAAGAGGGAUUAUGGUUCCCACACACCACUAGAAUUUAGUGAGAUAACUCGUCGCUUGAAUCUUAUGCGUACAGAUAAACUAGGACAGACUUGUGGACAUAAGAGCUACUAUUUUCUAGGUGAACUGGCAGAAUUGGAAGAAGCUUUAAUAAAAUAUAGUGUAUCAGCAUUGCUGAAUAAAGGUUUCGAGUUAGUGUCAGUACCUGAUAUACUGCCCAGCAGUAUUUUAGAAAGCUGCGGAAUGACUGUGAAUAGAGACCGUACACAGAUUUAUUCCUUAGACCCACUUCACCACGGACCGGACUUGUACCUAUCAGGCACAGCUGAAAUGUCAUUAGCAGGGCUUCUUAUGAACACCUUACAUGCCAAAUCACUUUUACCACUCAAGCUUACCGCAGUCAGUAGAUGCUACCGAGCAGAAACAUCAAGUGUAUUGGAGGAGAGAGGUAUUUAUAGAGUCCACCAAUUCACAAAAGUGGAAAUGUUUGCUGUGACCACUCCUGAUCAAUCAGAGGAGAUGCUUGAAUACUUACGCGAAACGGAAGAGGAAUUAUUCACACCACUAGGCAUUCAUAUGCGUGUCUUGGAUAUGCCACCUCAUGAACUUGGUGCUCCUGCUUACAGUAUUUUGUUCUUAUGUAGAAAAUACGACAUUGAAGCAUGGAUGCCAGGUCGGAGAAACUUUGGAGAGAUUUCUAGCUGCAGUAACUGCACAGACUACCAGUCCAGGAGGCUUCACAUCAAGUACACUCAUAAUAAUGCUACUAAGUAUGUCCACACACUCAACGGUACAGCAUGCGCGGUCCCCAGAAUGUUAAUAGCACUUUUAGAAACACAUCAAGACCCUAAAGGAAAAAUAUCCAUUCCUAAAGCAUUGCAACCUUUUAUGAACAGAAAGAAAUUUAUGAGCAAAAACUCAUCAGUGCCUGAUUUAAAAUUGUCAAAAAUAAAGAAGUGAAAGCAACAAUUGAAU